AUGAUGAUUUUGCAUGUUCUAAUUUUUGCUCUUUUUGUGGUUUCAUCAUCGGCUGACAAAUGUGCUGAUUGUUUAGCUAAUGGAAAACAGUGAGUCAGGAAAAAAUAUGGGGUUUCCAGAUUUUUCGAAAAAAAACAUAAAGGGGUUUAAACAUUGGCCCAAAAACUUUGUGACAUUUGGAAAGAUUCAGUUUUUUUAUUCCCAAAUUAAAAUACUCCAGAAAAACAUUUCAAGAAAAUUCAAAAUUUCGAAACCUUCUUGUAAGAAAAUAAUUUCUCAUCGUUAUCUAAUUUUUCUAGAUUUUUCAAAAUGAAUUAUUCUAAAAUUGCCACAUCAGAGGUCACAAUUACGUGAAAUAUUACAACUUUUGAAUUUCUCGAAUAACAUUUCUACAGUAAUAAUUGACUACAGUAAUUCCUAUCGGAGCAAAAAUGAAACCCUUCUUAUUUUCAGCUGGUGUGUUACAGUAGGCCAAUGUGGUUUCUCUCCUUGUCUAACUACAAUCACCAAAGCUCUCAACUGUCCUUCUCUUCCCGACAAAGCACAUGCCUACAAUGAUACGUUUGCUCGAACAAAAAUAAUUGUGACAAAUGCUGCCAGUUAUACAAUGACUCCACAAAAAUGUUUUGAGUGAGUUUUGGGAACAUUUUUGGGAUUUUCAGAAAAUCAAGCAAACAUUUAUGAAAAUAAUUUUUGAAAAAAUUUGGGAAAAAUGAAUUUUCCUAAUUUUUUAAAAAUAAAAAUGUUUCCCUCACAAUCAAAUCCUAUUUUUCUCCAUUUUCAGUAGCCAGAUGUCAACAAUGAAAGUGUCAAAAAUCAUCAACGUAAAUUGCGAUCGUUAUGGUCCCGAAGCGAAAUGUUUCAGCUUUACCGCAGUUGACACUGUUCAAAAAGUUCUUUUGAUCACAUUCCGUGGAACGAUUGGAAAUACACAACUAACAGAAGAGAUUCUAGACUUUUUCCAGUAAGAGUUUCUCAAAAUUUACAUUUUCAAAGGUUUUUUCUAGCGGCAAAAAGCAAUUCUUCGAUUCUGGAAAUGUUUUCGAGUAUUUCUACGAUGCUUUUCUUUUCCAAUGGAAUGGUGGAAUGCAACAGGAUUUGAGAAAAUUGAAAUAUCAAUAUCCAGACUAUGAAUUAUGGGUGGGUGUUACAGAUUUACCCUAACUGGAUUAAUCUUCACCCAAACAAUUUCCAGGUAACUGGUCAUUCAAUGGGCGGUGCAAUAGCUUCAAUCGCCGCUUCUUAUGUUGUUAAAAUCGGGCUUUUCAAUGCGGAUAAUAUCAAACUAAUCACUUUAGGUCAACCAAGAACUGGAGAUUAUGAAUAUGCGAAAUGGCAUGAUGCCACAUUUAAAUAUUCCUUCCGUGUUGUUCAUCAUCGAGAUAUUGCUGCGCAUAUUCCACCAAUGGAAGGACAGGAUGAAUUAUUCCAUCAUCGGACUGAAGUUUGGUAUGUUUAAGAGCAACAGUCAUUUUCUGAAACUAUUUUAUAAAAAAAAACAACACAUUUUUUUGGAUGGUAAAGGACUUUGGAAAAAACUGUAGCAGAUGAAAAUUCAAACUUUCAAAAUGAUUCACGAAAUAAAAAACGUUUUGUUAUUUCAUGAAUCAACGCACAAUUUUUAAAUCAGAAUUAGUUUCCGUUUAAAAAUAUGUUUUCCUCAGGUACAACAACAAUAUGACAAUCGGUCAACCCUACGAACUUUGUGCCGAAGCUGAUGGUUUAUAUUGCAGCAAUCAACAAGUUGAUCUAAGUCAAGAAGACCAUUACUAUUAUUAUGGAAUUCAUUUUGUUGAUUGGGGAUUGGCUGGAUGCCCAAAUAUUUGA